AUGGCUACCAACAGUGGCCGCGGUAACGACAUUAAUGCGGCAGAUGGCCCAGACCACAUCGCCGAACGGGCACCGCCGCCUGUUUCCCAGGAAACCAAGAGUGCCGUGAAAGGAGCUGCUAGCCAGUCGGACGGUCUUGGAGUCCAUGCCUCGGGCGAAGACGCAGAUAUGGCUUCCACAGCCAAGGCCGAACCAAAGGUCAAGACCGAGAAAGAACUAGAAAAAGAGCGCAAGAAGGCCGAGAAACUCGCCAAGUUUCAACAGAAAGCUGCAAAGGCUGCCCAAGCUGCCCCUGCCGCCGCAAGCAAGGCGAAAGAGAAGAAGGCAAAGGCCCCGAAAGAAGAGCCACUCCCUCCUUACGUCGAAGACACCCCGCCGGGCGAAAAGAAACGGCUGAGACCGUUGGACGACCCGCAGCUCAAGGCCUACAACCCCGUCGCCGUUGAGUCGGCAUGGUACAGCUGGUGGGAGAAAUCAGGCUUCUUCAAGCCUCAAUUCAAGGAAGAUGGCUCGGUCAAGGACGAGGGAAGCUUCGUGAUUGUAAUGCCUCCUCCGAAUGUUACCGGUGCUUUGCAUAUGGGCCACGCCUUGGGCAACUCCCUGCAGGACGUCAUGAUCAGAUGGGCUCGUAUGCACGGCAAGACGACUUUGUGGCUGCCCGGUUGCGACCACGCUGGCAUCAGCACCCAGAGCGUUGUCGAGAAUAUGCUGUGGCGUAAGCAGGGAAAGACUCGCCAUGACUUGGGCAGGGAGAAGUUCAUUGAGACUGUCUGGGAGUGGAAGGAGGACUACCACAAGCGUAUCAAUAACGCGCAGCGCAAAUUGGGUGGAUCUCACGACUGGAGCAGAGAGGCUUUCACCAUGGAUAAGAACCUGAGUGCCGCUGUAGCCGAAACAUGGGUCAGACUCCACGAUGAAGGUACCAUCUACCGCGCAAACCGCCUGGUCAACUGGUGCUCGAAGCUCACCACUGCGCUGUCCAACCUCGAGGUCGUCAACAAAGAGCUGACCGGGAGAACACUGCUUGAUGUCCCUGGAUAUGAUAAGAAGGUUGAGUUUGGAGUGAUCGUUUACUUCAAGUACCGCAUCCAAGACAGCGAGGAAACCCUUGAGGUCGCAACCACUCGUCUGGAAACUAUGUUGGGAGACACGGGAAUUGCGGUCCACCCUCAAGAUGACCGCUAUAAGCACUUGGUUGGCAAGAAUGCAGUUCAUCCUUUCAUCAAGGGCCGCUUGCUGCCUAUCAUUGCCGAUGACUACGUCGACAGGGAAUUUGGAUCUGGAGCGGUGAAACUGACGCCAGCUCACGACCCGAAUGAUUUCAAGCUGGGUAAGAAGCACAACCUCGAGUUCAUCAACAUCCUCACCGAUGACGGGUUGAUGAAUGAGAACGCUGGAGCGUACCAGGGCCAGAAGCGGUUCGAUGUCCGAUACACGAUCCAAGAUGAUCUCAAGAAGCUAGGAUUGUAUGUUGACAAGAAGGACAACCCAAUGACAGUUCCCAUGUGCGACAGGAGCAAGGACAUCAUCGAACCCCUGUUGAAGCCCCAAUGGUGGAUGCGGAUGAAGGAUCUCGCUGCUGACGCCGUCGAGGUUGUCAAGGAGGGCCAGAUCAAAAUCAAGCCCGAGACUGCCGAGAGGUCCUACUACAGAUGGAUGGAAAACGUCAAUGACUGGUGCCUAAGCCGUCAACUAUGGUGGGGCCACCGAUGUCCCGUCUGGUAUGCCGAGAUCGAAGGUAGCUCGGGUGAGCGUGAGGAUGAGAAGCUGUGGUUCCCAGGCCGAACGGAAGAAGAGGCCCAAGCCAAAGCUGAGAAAGCUCUGCAGGGCCAAAAAUUCACUCUUCGGCAAGAUGAGGACGUCAUGGAUACAUGGUUCUCGUCUGGACUGUGGCCUUUCAGCACUCUUGGAUGGCCAAACAACACCUCAGACUUGAAGCACUUGUACCCGACGAGUCUUUUGGAGACUGGGUGGGACAUCCUGUUCUUCUGGAUUGCUCGCAUGAUCAUGUUUGGUGUCAAGAUGGUGGGCGACGUUCCAUUCAAGGAAGUCUAUUGCCAUUCGCUUGUCCGAGAUUCGGAAGGAAGGAAGAUGUCAAAGAGUCUGGGCAAUGUCAUCGACCCUCUGGACGUUAUCAGCGGUACUUCUCUGGAGAACCUUCACGAAAAGCUGGCGCUGGGCAAUCUCCACCCGAGUGAGGUUGAGAAGGCCAAGAAAUAUCAGAAUGCAGCUUUCCCAGACGGCAUUCCGGAGUGUGGAGCGGAUGCUCUUCGGUUUUGCAUGGUCAACUAUACAACUGGUGGCGGCGAUAUCAACUUCGAUGUCAAGGUCAUGCACGGGUACCGGAAAUUCUGCAACAAGAUCUACCAGGCCACAAAGUACGUUCUCGGCUCACUCGACAAGGACUUCGUGCCUCAGAAGACGGCCAAACUUGGGGGAAAGGAGUCACUCGCCGAGAAGUGGAUUAUUCACAAGAUGAACCUCUGCGCCAAAGAAGUCAACGAGGCCAUUCCCGCUCGCGAGUUCAUGAAGGCCACCGCUGCCAUCUACCAUUUCUGGUACAGCCAACUCUGCGAUGUGUUCAUAGAAAACUCGAAAGCCAUCAUCCAAGAAGGCACAGAAGAGGAGAAGCGAUCGGCCAUGGAGACGCUCUACACGGCCCUGGAGAAUGCUCUGAAACUGAUUCACCCCUUCAUGCCCUUCCUCACGGAGGAAUUAUGGCAACGUUUACCGCGUCGACCCGGCCAGGGACCUGGCGAAGAGGGCGAGGUCCAGUCGAUCAUGCUUGCGCGGUACCCAGUAUACGACCCGGAAUUGGACAACCCCUCAGCUGAGGCUGCGUAUGACCUCGUCAUGGGCUGCUCGAGGGGUAUCCGGUCUCUGAUGGCGGAAUUCGGCUUCAAGGAUGAAGCCAAGGUCUUCGUACAGAGUUACGAUGACACCGCGCACAAGACCGUUAGUGAACAGGUCCAGUCCAUCAAGUCCUUAAGCGGCAAGGGCGUCACCAGUGUAGAGGUCCUAUCGGGAUCAGAUGGCCGUCCCUCUGGCUGCGUCGCGUUCCCGGUCUCGAGCUCAGCAGCCGUCUUCGUACAUGUCAUGGGCCGUGUCGACAUGGAUAGCGAGAUCACCAAAGCCACCAAGAAGCUUGAGAAGACUCGGGCUACUAUUGCGAAGCAGCAGAAGCUUCUUGCCGAUAGGGGUUACCAACAGAAGUCGGCGGCCGCUCUGCAAGAGGCCGAUCGCCAGAGAUUAGCCGACCUCGAGUCUGAGGCCAAGGGGUUCGAGGGAACCAUCAAGCAGUUCGAGGAUUUGAAGAUGGAGUAA